AUGGAGAGAAUACACGUAUCUGUCAGAGCGAGGCCACUUUCUUCGGAGGACGCAAGGACAAGUCCAUGGCGCAUUUCUGGAAAUUCCAUUUUCAUCCCUAAUCAGCCUUCCAAAUUCGAAUUUGAUCGGAUUUUUGAGGAGGAAUGUAGAACGGCAGAUGUAUACAAAUCUCGAACCGGAGAUAUAGUUGCUGCUGCAGUUCAUGGCUUUAAUGGGACUGUUUUUGCAUAUGGACAAACAAGUAGUGGCAAAACACACACAAUGCGAGGUUCAGCAUCAGAGCCUGGAGUUAUUCCACUUGCUGUGUAUGAUCUCUUUAACAUUAUACAUGAGGAAAUGGAUCGAGAGUUCCUUUUACGCAUGUCUUAUAUGGAGAUCUACAAUGAGGAGAUAAAUGAUUUGUUGGCUCCUGAACAUCGGAAAUUACAAAUUCAUGAAAGCAUCGAUCGAGGGAUUUUUGUUGCCGGUUUAAGAGAAGAAAUUGUGGCUUCUCCAGACCAAGUUCUUGAACUCAUGGAAUUUGGGGAAUCUCAUCGUCAUAUUGGGGAGACAAAUAUGAAUGUAUACAGCAGUAGGUCGCACACGAUAUUCCGCAUGAUUAUUGAGAGCAGGGAGAAAACUGAUGAUGCAGAAGCAGACUUGUCAUGUGAUGCAAUUCGUGUCUCUGUCUUGAACUUGGUGGAUCUUGCUGGUUCUGAGCGUGCUGCAAAGACUGGAGCAGAAGGUGUUCGCCUGAAAGAGGGCUCCCAUAUCAACAAAAGCCUAAUGACGUUAGGUACCGUUAUAAAGAAACUAAGUGAAGGCGCUGAGAGCCAAGGGGGUCAUGUCCCUUAUCGAGACAGCAAACUCACGCGUAUUUUACAACCUGCAUUGGGUGGGAAUGCAAAUACUGCUAUCAUAUGCAAUAUUACACUUGCACAGAUCCAUGCUGAUGAGACAAAAAGCAGUCUUCAAUUUGCAAGCAGAGCAUUGCGAGUGACAAAUUGUGCUCAUGUAAAUGAGAUAUUGACUGAUGCUGCUUUACUAAAGCGUCAGAAAAAGGAGAUCGAGGAACUACGUGCUAAAUUACAGGGUUUACACUCUGAACAUCUAGAAGAGGAAAUCCUGAAUCUGCGGAAUACAUUGCUAAAGAGUGAGUUGGAAAGAGAGAGAAUGGCCUUAGAGCUGGAAGAGGAAAAGAAAGCUCAGGCUGAAAGGGAGAAGAGGUUGCAAGAACAAGCCAAGAAAAUAGAGAACUUGAGUUCAAUGGUAUUCUGCACUAAUAGGGAUGAAAUCCGAGAAUUCAACAAGAAGGGAAAAAGGCGUGAUACAUGGUGCCCUGGAAAUCUUGUUAGUGAGACUUUAAAGGAGUUGCGCUCUACUGUCAAAGAGAUGCCUUCCGUCGUGAAGUCAACAAGAGCACAUUGCAAAGCUGCGCCUCUUCUUCCCUUUGAAGAGUUAGUUAAUGAAGUAAUCAUGGUUGACUCUAGCAAGCAAGAAGUAGAUUGUGAGAAAAAUGUGUCGGAAGAUUGCAGUCUUCCUGAUCCACGGGCUUUGCUGCAUGUUACCAGCAGGAGAAAGGCUCCGCCCAGAAAGAGAAGUUUACAAAUGGAGAAUAAUGAAUUGGCAGAAUUGCAAACCGAAUAUGAAAAUUUGCUGUCAAAGUUUGAAACUCACAGAACAAUGAGUGAUAUUAAAAUUGACUACUUAACGAGGAUGCUUGCCGAGGCUGAUCUGUAUGUGGAUGGGAAAUAUAAAGACAGUACUACACGAAGUACAAAUGAUAUAUCUCUUCCAGAUGAAAAUAAAAGUUUGAGGGAGUCGGAUGCUAUUCUUGUGAUCAAGCAACUUCAAGAGAAGAUUGAUAUUUUAGAGAUGGAGAAAUCCUCAAGCCAGCAAAAUUUGGAUUCAGUUGUUGAGUUAGUUACUGAGCAGACAAUAUCAGCCCAAGAGAAAUUUGAAAAGGCAUCAAGCUUUAACUUCUUCUACAUGAAGUUUUAUCUUUAUGAAGAGCUUCUGGUUACACGAGAAGAAGCCACUGUAGCUUGUGAACAACUUGCUUCGGUGCAAUUGUCCAUGGAUGAAUCUGAUUGCUUAAUGAAGCUGUCAAAAGAAGCCCAGGAAAUAGGGCUGGAGGUUGAAAACUCGAGACAUCUUAUAGGGUCUGUCUCUUCGGUUGUGGAUGAAAUUUUUCAUUGUUUUUCUGCAAUAUCAAAGCUGAUUGUUGAUCUCAGGCCUUCAGUUUCCGAGAGUUUACUUCAAAUAAAAUCAACAAUGAGGAGUCAUGAGAAGUUACAGUCUUGCUUGAAGAACAAAGUUAGAGAGCUCGACAAUGAGAAGCUUCUUCUUCACAAUCAAGCUUCAGAUCUUAGGAGUCAGAUAGAAGAGUUAAGUUUAAAGGUUCAAACUUCUGCGAGUGCAUUUGCUGAGCUUAGCUCAGAACAUGAAAUGCAAACGUCUGAUUUCCUUUCUCAAAUUCGAAUUCUCCAAGAGGAAAUUUCAUCGUUAUCAUCUUGUUCCUUGGCUAAGGAAAAGGAAAGUUUGCGAAAAGAUUUGGAGAAAACAAAAGCAAAGUUAAAAGAUACAGAAUUCAAGCUCAAGAAUGCUGUCCAGGAGAAAACAAAGCUGGAGGGCGAAAAGGCACGUGCUGAGAGAGAAGUUAAACUCUUGUUUGGCCAGAAGGCUGUGCUUGAACGUGAUAUGAGCAAACGUGAUUCUGUUGUUGGUAGGAGGCGUGAUUCCGUUAUUGAUAGGAGCUCUAACGCAUUUGAACAUAAACGAACUAAGGGGCUUAAUCCGUUGGCUGAACAAGCAAUGCAGGAGGAUUACAAGAGGCUGGAAGUGCUUGCAUUUGAGAUGGAGGCCACUAUUGCAUCUUUGGAAGAGCAACUAUCAAUAGCACAUGGGGAGAAGCAUGUAGCCACUUCGAGAUCUGAAAAUUUGGCUUCUGAUUUGAAAGAGUUGUCUGACGAGUUGUGUGAUACAAAGUCAAAAUUGAGUACUCUGAAGGAAGAGGUUUCAUCCCUUAUGACAACUUUGGAAGAAUCUAAAUUGCAGAGGCAGAAUGUAGAAAGCUCUCUUACCUCUGUGAUAGAAGAAAAAGAAGAGUUGUCAAUGCAACUUGCUGAAGCCCUUUUGACAAUGGAGGAGGAGAAGGCAUUAUGGUCAUCAAAGGAGAAAGCUUCAGUUAAAGCCAUUGAAGAAAAAGCAAAAUCAUAUCAUUCUGAGAUUGCCUUGUUAUCGAAAGAAUUAUCAGAGGUAAAGGAUGCACUGGAGAUUUGUAGAAAAGAAUGCAAGGAUCUUGAUGUAAGGCUGACAAUUUCCGAGGAAAAUACGAUUUUUGAGAAGCAGUGCAGUUCUGAGAAAUCAUCAGAGAUUGACCGCUUAAGAAAUGAACUAAGGGUUGCUGAUGAAAUUAACAAAAGGUCACAAGAGAAAACAGUCGAGGAAGUUGAAAAGCUUCAGAUAGAAUUGAGUGUUUUUAGAGAGGAAAGAGAAUAUCUUUUGGGCCAGGUACGAGAACUGGAUGCAAGAAAAAUUCCGAUGGAUGAACACCAGCUAUUGAAGUUAAAGUGUGAACUGGAGGAGCAGAGUGGAAGACUUGCUAGUUUGGAGGUCAAGAUGCACAAUGAUCAAAUUAAUUAUAACAAGGAGAAGGCGAAACUGAGAAUGAGACUCAAAGGAGCACAAACAAAAUUAGACACAUUUCGUGUUAGAUACAAGGAGGCAGUGGACGAGUUGGAUUAUAUGAAUAGGAAAUACGAUGAAGCUUCAACUGUACUGAAGAAACAAUUAGCUUCAUAUGGUAUUGAAGUUCUAAAUCUCAAGAAACAACUAGCAGCUGUAAAGGGGCAGUGA